AUGUUAGCUCGAGCUACCACCCCCAAGUCCCACCUCGGCCGCUAUCGCCUCUUAGCCCCCACUGCCGGCGUUAAAGUGAGCCCACUAUGCCUAGGAGCGAUGAACUUCGGUGAAGGCUGGAAACAACGCCUCGGCGAAUGCGACAAAGAGGCAACUUUCCAGAUCCUGGAUACAUACUACGAGAACGGAGGCAACUUUAUCGACACAGCGAACAAUUACCAAGCCGAGGAAUCCGAGAAAUGGCUCGGCGAAUGGAUGGAAGUCCGCGGUGUCCGUGACCAAAUCGUGCUCGCAACCAAGUAUACCUCGCCCUACCGAUCUUACGUUCAGUCCGAGAUCCAGGCAAACUUCGUCGGCAAUAAUGCCAAGAGCUUGAAACUGUCUGUCGAGGCCAGUUUGAAGAAAUUGAGAACGGAUUAUAUCGAUCUGCUCUACGUCCACUGGUGGGAUUUCAGCACUUCCAUCGAGGAGGUCAUGACCUCACUCAACCAGCUAGUGCUGUCAGGCAAAGUCCUGUACUUGGGUAUCAGCGAUACACCCGCGUGGAUCGUGACCAAGGCGAACCAAUACGCACGCGACCACGGCCUCCGCGCUUUCUCCGUUUACCAAGGCAAGUGGAACGCUGCAAACCGCGAUUUCGAGCGCGACAUAAUCCCCAUGGCUGCAUCCGAAGGCAUGGGUCUGGCACCGUGGGCUUCACUCGGCGGCGGCCUAUUCAAAACCACCGCACAGCGGGAAGAGAUCGCCCGUGGUAACAACCCCGGACGACAGAUUCCUGCGACGGAGCGGGAAAUUGCAGUGUCGAAGGUGUUGGAGGAUAUUGCUACGCGAAAGGGGACUGCGUUGACCAGUGUUGCGUUGGCUUAUGUGAUGCGUAAGGCGCCGUAUGUGACUCCAAUCGUGGGAGGGCGUACAGUUGACCAUAUACUGGGGAAUAUUAAGGGGCUUGGGGUGGAUUUGUCAGAUGAGGAGGUGAAGGAGAUUGAAGGGGCUUAUGAGUUUGAUAUUGGGUUCCCGAUGAACUUUUUGUCCCGGGGGGGAUGA